AUCAGACAUGAAGACAUAACUAAAUGCAAAACUCAAAGAUCUAUAAAAGACACAGUUCAACGUGCUCCCCGUCUAUCAUUUACUUCUUUGAAUCUACAUUUCCUCAAGAUGCAUCCUCUAGUGUUCAUGGUGUUCAUGUUAUUAGCCUUAUACUCUCCUUCUUCUAUAUCCACUAGAGAAGCCGGUGAAGGCCUAAGGGGUUUCAGCAUCGACCUUAUCCAUCGUGACUCACCAUUGUCACCCUUUUACAACCCUUCACUCACUCCAUCAGAACGCAUCACAAACGCUGCCUUACGCUCCGGUUCUCGAUUAAACCGAGUAUCACACUUCCUAGAUGAAAACAAUCUACCCGAAUCUCUUCUAAUCCCAGAAAAUGGUGAAUAUCUCAUGACAUUAUACAUUGGUACCCCUCCCGUGGAAAGGCUUGCUAUUGCAGACACAGGAAGUGAUCUCAUUUGGGUACAAUGUUCCCCUUGCCAAAAUUGUUUCCCCCAAGACACCCCAUUGUUUGAACCCCUCAAGUCUUCCACAUUCAAGGCUGCGACAUGUGAUUCACAACCUUGCACAUCAGUUCCACCUAGCCAACGUCAAUGUGGAAAAGUAGGUCAGUGCAUAUAUAGUUACAGUUAUGGUGACAAAUCAUUCACCGUUGGAGUAGUGGGCACUGAAACCCUAAGUUUUGGUUCCACGGGUGAUGCACAAACCGUUUCAUUUCCUAGCUCUAUUUUCGGGUGUGGAGUGUACAAUAAUUUCACAUUUCAUACAAGUGACAAAGUCACAGGUUUAGUGGGUCUUGGGGGAGGACCAUUGUCACUAGUGUCACAACUAGGUCCUCAAAUUGGUUACAAAUUCUCGUAUUGUUUGCUUCCUUUUUCUUCAAAUUCCACUAGCAAAUUGAAAUUUGGGAGUGAAGCAAUAGUAACCACAAAUGGGGUUGUGUCCACCCCCCUCAUAAUCAAACCCUUGUUUCCAAGCUUUUACUUCCUCAACCUCGAAGCCGUCACCAUUGGACAGAAGGUGGUGCCAACGGGUCGAACCGAUGGCAACAUAAUCAUUGACUCAGGCACGGUGUUGACGUAUCUUGAACAAACCUUUUACAACAAUUUUGUGGCUUCGUUGCAAGAAGCCCUUAGUGUUGAGUCAGCGCAAGAUCUUCCAUUUCCGUUCAAGUUUUGUUUUCCAUAUCGUGACAUGACUAUUCCUGUUAUUGCGUUUCAAUUUACCGGAGCUAGUGUUGCACUGCAGCCUAAGAACCUUCUCAUUAAGUUGCAAGAUAGGAACAUGCUUUGCUUGGCGGUGGUGCCAAGCUCACUAAGUGGAAUUUCCAUCUUUGGAAAUGUUGCACAGUUUGAUUUUCAAGUGGUGUACGAUCUCGAAGGGAAGAAAGUUUCUUUUGCUCCUACGGAUUGCACUAAAGUUUAAUUAAUUAAUUAAUUAAAAUAUAUAAAAGAAAUUAAAGAAAAUGUUUAACUUGUUGCUUCUUUUCAAUAAUAACCGAUUCAUUGCUAAAUUCGAAAGGGGAUAUUUUAUUUUCUAUGAUAUAUAGGUAUGUUUGUCCUUUGAAAUGCUUGAAACAAUGUUUGUAGCAAAUAAACUUUGUUAGGGCUGGGAUUUGCUGUACGGGUACCGGUUAAAAUACUUCUUGAAUUCUUAUGGUAAAAAUGUCUUGUAUUUAUUGUACAUGAUUGGUACCUCAAUCUGAGCUAUAGAUAUACGAUUUUUUUAUUCGGUCAAAGAAAGAUAUAUUUAUGUAGAGUGAUGAUGAUAUAUAUAUGGACAUCAAUAUUUUUUAUA